AUGAGUUAUUCUAUGGAACCGCCAGCAAUGAGCACUUUUUUAUCAGACAACGAAACAGUUGGAGAAUCCACUAACCUUUUGCAUCUCGAAGGUCAUAGUUGGAGCCAGCUGCAAGAUGGGACUAUUGAGAUAACUGACCGAUUGCCUAAGAAAGAAUACUACAUGAGUCUUCGGAGGUUCAACAGCACUGGUCCUAAUUCUGGAACUGCACACAGGUUGGGAAGUAUUUCCAGUGGUUCAGCUGCUGGAUUAGCCAAUGGAUCAUCUGGUUUACUAGGUGGUAACUCACCCUCACCGCGCCCAGGUGGUAGUACUCUACGUGGAUCAUCACACCCAUCGGUUGUUGAUUUUAAACCUUCUGGUAAAAUAGUAGAUUGUACGGUUGUAAUGCUGGAUGGCACAACAAGAGAGUUUCGUUUAGAUAAAGCUGCCUAUGGACAACAAUUAUUCGAUGCUGUUUGUACACAUCUUGGUUUAUUAGAGGUUGAAUUCUUUGGCAUCACAUAUUACGAUUCAACUAAUAAUUGGUUCUGGCUCCAAACUGAUCAGAAAAUUGCAAAACAAAUCGGUAAAAAUGAAUGGCAGUUUGAAUUUCAAGUUAAAUUCUAUCCAUGUGAUAUCGACUCAAUCAAAGAAGAUAUAACACGUUACUAUCUUUGUCUACAAGUACGGCAGGAUAUAGUUAGUGGACAGCUUCCAUGUUCAUUUGUAACUUAUUGCAUUCUUGGGUCGUAUAUAGUUCAAUCAGAAGCUGGCGACCAUGAUCCGACUCAACAUAUUGGCAUAAAAUAUAUACAAGAUCAUCCAUUUGCUCCUCAUAUGCUUCAAACACCUGAAAUGUUAGGAAGAAUUGUUGAACUACACAAACUUCAUCGUGGUAAAACACCUGAGGAGGCUGAUCGUUUAUUUUUAAAUAAUGCUCGUAAAUUGGCCUUGUAUGGUGUUGAUUUGCAUAAAGUUAAGACGUCUCAAGGUCAAGAUAUUACUCUAGGUGUUUAUUAUGGAGGUAUCCUGCUAUACCGUAAUCGUAUUCGUUUAAUGAGAAUUAGUUGGCCGCGUAUUAUAAGUCUAUCACAUCGUGGACGUAAUUUUAUUAUUGCACGAAGACCUGGUGAUGAUUCAUUAGAUCGUAAUAUGACUUUUAAAUGUAUUAGUCCUACACUGGCUAAACGAUUAUAUAAUGUUUGUGUGGAUCAUCAUAAUUUUUUCAGACUUCGUGGGUCGUCUAGGCCGAAAAAACCGAGUUUAUUCCCUUCGUUUGCUACUCGCAAAUAUCAUUAUCCUGGCACAACUGUGAAUUCAUCGUCGAUUGACGCUACUGUCGGUGUCGGUGGACAUAAUCAAACAUCUCGACCUUUAUCUAAAUUUCGUCCAAUGCCUGCCCAUCCUUCAGAGACUGGAUGGUUUACAUUUGCUAACCGCGGUGAAAUGGAUCAUAUGAAUGGUGCAGUCGCCAGUCAAUAUCAGUACCAACCAGCUAUGGUAAGUGGUGAUCCAGCCUGUAUGGAUCCCACUUAUUUCUGUAAUCAAAAUGUAAUCAAUGGACUGCCCAUACCAAAUGCUCAAGGUGUCCAACGCUAUUACCAACCAAGUAGUAAUGAUGUUACCGGCUUAAUGAAUGGUCAUCAUCCUAAUAGUAAUAAUAAUCAUAUCAAUAAUAUGCCCACAAUGAUUACUAGGAUAUCAUUUGAACCUGAACACUGGCGUAUAACUGGAGCUGAUUGUACAGCAGGCUUAGGAAUAGAUGCUCGGGGCUUAGAUGUUGCAUCUACACGUGGAGCUGGAUGGCAAGGUUGUAGAGCUAAUAAAGGUGUAAAAGCUCCAGGUGCAUAUUACUAUGAAGCGGCUUGUUUAGAGGAAGGACUUAUACGUGUCGGUUGGUCAACUAAUGAUGCCAAUUUAGAACUUGGUGCAGAUAAUUAUGGUUUUGGUUAUGGAUCCGAUGCUGUAGGCUCUGCUGGUAUGAAUGGCACUGGACGUGUAAUGCAUCGGAAUACUGGUCAUGAUUACGGAAUAAUGGUUCAUCAGGGUGAUGUAAUUGGUUGCCUGUUAGAUUUAGACAAAGGAUCAAUUUCUUGGUCAUGUAAUGGAAAAAUAUUUCAACGUGCAUUCACUAUACCUGACCAAUUAAGAGGAGAAGCUUUCUUACCAGCGGCUAGUCUAAAAGAUUCACGUAUCCUAUUUAAUUUCGGUGAAGAACAACCGUUAGAAUUCCCACCAGAUGGUUCAUUUAUUCCUGUAGCUCAAUCUGCUGAUGAUAGUCAAGUAUCUAAUCGAAAUCCUGGUUGGCGCAUGAAUCAGUACGAUGCAACGAAUGCUUUAGAUGUUGCACCCGACGGUAGUCAAGUUCAGUCACAUUUUAAUCAAGGUUGGCAAGGUUGUCGAUCAAAUCAUGGUAUUCGUGGUCUUGGACGCUUCUACUUUGAAGUAACUCCUAUUGAAUCUAUUGGACUAUGGCGAGUUGGUUGGUCAACAGAUGAUGGGAAUUUAAUUGUUGGCACAGAUCAAUAUGGUUUCGGUUAUGGUGCAGAUAACGAAGGUUUCGGUUUGAAUGGACAACAAGGAAAACGUAUACAUUGUGAUGAAAUUGAAAAUUAUGGUGAAGCAUUCUCUAAAGAUGAUGUGAUCGGCUGCUUUUUGGAUACGAUUGAACACACUAUUAAAUGGUCAAAAAAUGGUUUAGAAUUUGGUGACGCUUAUCUAAUUCCAUCUGAAUUGUUACAUUCUAAAAAUUUGACAGCAUUGUAUCCGACUGUGUCCUUGUUGAAUUCUACCCUGGAAUUGAACUUUGGCGACAAACCAUUUAAAUAUUAUCCUGGGCCUGAUUGGACACCUGUAUGCUGUGCUCCUCCUGAAUGUACUAAACGUUCUAGACGUAAAGGUCCUGAACGGAAAGUGAAGGGGUGGUCAUAUAUUGAUCCGACUAUUUUAGAACCAUCAAUUCGACAAACAAUGCAGUCGAUUGAAAGAAGUGAACCGCAAAUUGAAACAGAAACAUUUCAUGAUGAAAAUGGUAAAAUGAUCAAACGUACUGUUAAACGUUCUGAAGUGACUACUACAAAAACUGUUAGUGAACGUAUUAUUGCAAGUACUGCAGGUCAGAUUGUUCAUAAUUUACUACAGUCAUGUAAAAGCAAAAAUUUUGUUCCUUUGCUUUUAUGUGUCACAAGAAUACGAUUUCAUACUGAACCGGUGUUUAUAUGUAUUUUUGAUGGAAUAUUUCAAUUGUUCUAUACCCUCAUUCUUCAUAUACUCUUUUGGAUUAUAAAAUGA